AUGGAGAAUAAUCAACAAGCUCAUCACGUUGUUAUUGGAGAUUCAACUCAGAAUGCAAAUUUUCCAAGAAAUAAGCAGAGUACAUCUAUUCUUAGAUACUUUGUCCUUGCUUGGCAAGUUUUACUUGUCGAAUUAAACUCUUUUUACUCAAUUUACUUCUUAAUUCUUGGUAUCUUCCAGGUUUUACUUGAAGAACACGCAUCUACAGACGCACUUACAACAUUCCUUCCUUUAUUGAUUGUUUUCAUUCUUUCAUAUCUUAUUCAAGCAUGGGAUUUCCAUAAAACAGCGAAAUCCAUCAAAAUGAACGAAAAUUAUAGCUAUACAGUCUUCAGAGAUCAUAAAGAAUGCAAAUUUAAGUAUCAUAAAAUUAUACCUGGAGAUAUAAUUCAAAUUGAUGAUCACACGCCGCUUCCUUGCGACUGCAUAGUUCUGAAAACAGACCAGAUUUCCGUUUUAAUUAACACUUCGACAAUUGAUGGCGAAACAAAACCAAAAGAUAAAUACCCGAUUCGCAUACCAGACAGCACCAAUCUGAUGAAUAUUUCAGGUUAUGUUGAUGCUACUUCACCACAAAUUGAAACAAGAGAAAUUUCCGGUGAAUGUUUGAUCCAACAUACAGGAGCAACACCAGAUCCUCAUAGCGAUGCAAACCCAAGAGCUAGUAAAUCAAUUUCCAAAUUCGAAAUCCACGAAAACGGCGAUAUUAUUACUUCAUUUGAUAAUUCUCACUUCGUAGAGCGCGGAUCGAUUGUUCAGAACUCAGGUGUCUUCUACUUCCUUGCGAUUUACACAGGAUCCCAUUGCCGCACUGUAAGUUCUAAAAUCAGUUAUAUCGCAAGAAGAACAUUAAUUGAUGUUUAUCUCGAGAAACUUACAGUUGUUAUGUUCACUGUUCAACUCGUCCUUGCAAUUAUUCUUGGUCUUUUGGGUUAUUUCUAUACAGAAAAUCAACAUAAGCUUUAUAAGGAUUCUUACAUAGGAGAAAUCAAAGUUUACAAGGAUAUCAAGUUCUUCGUAGCUUUGGUCUUCAUUAUAAGGAAUAUGUUGUUGUUAUCUUUCUUAAUUCCAAUUACUCUGAAACUGAUACUUCCUGUCUAUAGGUUUAUCUACGGUAUAUUCAUUUCUCAAGAUCUUAACUUCGUAGACCCAAUGACAGGAGUUUCUGUCCAAGCUUUGUCAACAAAUAUCACUGAAAACCUUGGUGCCAUCGAUGUUAUCGUUGCUGAUAAGACAGGAACACUUACAAAGAAUUCCCUUGAUUGGAUUUCCCUUUACGUUGGCAAGGAAGCUUAUGGAGAAGGCGAAGCAGCUUCAAUUCAAGUAGAUGACAACCUCAAGAAGGUCCUUGCAGAGCCAGGUGAUGAUACUGAUAUUGUAGAGAUCAUGAAAGCUUUGUCCAUUUGCCAUUCUGUCAACAUUACGGAGCAAAAUGAAUUAUUCGGCUCUUCCGCUGAUGAAAUCGCCAUUAUCAAGGGUCUCAUGGAGCUUGGCUUCUCAUUCCAUAGGAUUUCCCAGGAUAGAGCUUGCGUAACUGCUCCUUUCGGAAAUUAUGAAUAUAAGAUAAUGCGCGUUUUACCAUUCAACCGCAGCGAUUUCAGAAUGACUGUAAUUGUUGAAGACCAAAACGGCUACUACGCUUAUACAAAAGGUGCUCCAGAUUGUGUCAUUCCAGUUUGCACGAAAAACAGUGGUCCACAGUCAAUUCUGUUCGAUAAGUUGCAGAUGAGAGGCCUCAGAACCCUCGGAGUUUCGUACAAGAAGCUCGAAAAGUACAGUGAAUCUCUGACCACAGAUGAAAUAUACACAGAUAUGACAUACUUAGGCACUAUUGGUAUCGAAGAUGCUCUCCAGCAAGAUGUACAGAUCACAGUUGAUGUUUUACAGCAAGCAGGACUCAAAAUUUGGAUUGCUACCGGAGAUGCGGCCAAAAACACCAUCAUUACAGCAGCCAGUCUCAAUUUUAUCAGGACAAAUGAGAAAAUUGUCCAUAUCCGAGACAACAACCUCAUGAAUGAUCUCGAUGAUUUCAAAGACAAGGCCCAGCAAGUUCCAGAGAACUCCUUUACCGUUCUCGUCGACUCCAUGUCCUCCAACAUCCUCAACAACGCCAUGCAGCAUGAAGGAUUCGUUGAAGCACUUUUCCGUGCGAGAUGCGUAAUUUUCUACCGCUGCAAACCACAAACAAAAGCCGAUAUCGUUGCCGGCCUUCAACUUACAGGUCGUAGAGUUCUUGCUGUAGGCGAUGGCGCAAACGAUACACAGCUUCUCCGCACAGCGGAUGUCGGAAUUGGCAUGCUUGCAGAAGACGGCCAUUCCGCUUAUUCAUCAUGUGAUUUUGCUGUUCCUUCAUUCAGAUCACUCUGCAGAUUAAUCCUGAUUCACGGACACACAGCACUCCACAGAUCUGUUCUUGCCGUCCACUUUUCAUUCUACAAAGCAUUGGCAUUUGGAAUGUGUCAAGCAAUUUAUCAAAUAUGGACUGGCUAUUCCGGACAGUCAUUCUUUGGUCCUUUUUCUUUACUCACGUUCAAUCAGAUCUGGACAUUCAUUCCUAUGUUGGCCAUUUUGUUUGAGAAAGACGUUUCAGAGAAUUUCCUUUACAGAUUGUCUUUCUUAUACAAGAAACUGAGAAAUCCAUUGACAAUCUCAUUGAAGAACUUGUCAUGGAUGUAUUUGGCUGUUUACCAGGCUGUCGCAACAAUGUUAGUCGCUUAUUUAUUAACAGGAGAAGCUUUCCUUCAAGCCAGUUCAGGAAAGGAUUUGGGAAGAGAUUAUUUGUCAAUUAUUGUUUAUAUCGCGAAUGUUAUUAAUGUUUCUUUCUACAUGACAUCGCAAUUGAACACAUUGACUUAUUAUUCUCUUGUUUUACUCAUUGGAAACUUGUUGUUGUUAGUUGCUUUCUCCGGUAUCCUCCAGUCUUCUUUCUUGAUAAAUUACCAACAAAGCAGAGAUUGGCAAGGUUUCUUCGGUGAAUGCUUCAACUCAUUUCCUUCUAUUUUGCUCUUGUGGACAAUGAUUUUCGCUUCUUCAGCUCCUGCUUGGCUCGCAAUGUCCGUCUGGAAUGAAGUUGCUUACAGUGAAACACUUCUUGUUAUGGAGAAGGAAACAAUCGCUGCUAAGGAUGAUCAGCCUUUGUUCUUUGAUCCUCCAAAGGUUGUGUAA